UUCUUACUCUUAUCCCGUAUAAACUUUGCCAGAGUAGAGAUAGUUGCAGAGCGGUUGAGACAAAAUUAGAGAGAGAAUGAACAUGGAUCCGAAGCUUACUGAGGUGUCUCAGUUUUUUGAGCGAUUCAAGGCUGCUAUUGUUAGGAACGAUCUCGAUACCUGUGCACAUCUCCUCUCUCAGCUCAAGGUCUUGUUAACAGAAUUUAAAAGCCUCCCACCAUUGUUUGAAGAUUCACCGAAUGCUGUUCAUGAGUUGACUGUAGCAAGAGAUAUAUAUGAACAUGCCGUAGUUCUUAGCGUGAAGACAGAAGACCAAGAUGCUUUUGAGAGGGACUUCUUUCAACUUAAGCCUUACUAUACGGAUACUGGUGGCCGCCUUCCUCCAUCGCCUCAGGAGUACCCAAUCCUGGGCCUUAACCUUCUUAGGCUCCUUGUGCAGAAUAGAAUAGCAGAAUUUCAUACUGAGCUAGAGUUGCUUUCACCUGUUGCUCUGGAAAAUCCUUGUAUUAAACAUGCUGUGGAAUUGGAACAAUCCUUCAUGGAAGGGGCUUACAACCGUGUAUUGAGUGCCAGGCAGACUGUUCCACAUGAGACUUAUGUUUAUUUCAUGGAUCUCCUUGCGAAGACAGUAAGAGAUGAAAUAGCUGGUUGUAGCGAGAAGGCGUAUGAUUAUCUAUCAAUUAGUGAUGCCAAACAGAUGUUGAUGUUCUCAUCUGAUCAUGAGUUGCUUGAAUAUAUCAAAGAGGAUCACCCUGAAUGGGAGAUAAAAAAUGGGUUUGUGUUCUUCCAGAAAGCAAAGGAGUCUGCCCCUUGCAAGGAGAUACCAUCACUACAGCUUAUCAAUCAAACUCUCAGCUACGCCAGAGAAUUGGAGCGGAUAGUAUAAGAAGUUACCGAGUUCAUGGUAUACUAUGGUCCCUUCA